AUGACGAAGAUCCCUGUUGUGGGGCUGGGCACCUGGAAGGCAGGCCCAGGAGAGGUGACUGAGGCAGUGAAGCUGGCCAUUGACUUGGGGUAUAAGCACUUUGACUGUGCUUCCUUAUACCAUAAUGAAAGUGAGGUUGGAACAGCCGUCUACUCCAAAAUCGUAGAGGACAUCGUGACGCGAGAGGAUCUCUUUAUUGUCAGCAAGCUGUGGUGCACCUGCCACAAGAAGUCCUUGGUGAAAGCAGCAUGCAUCAAGACUCUGAAGACACUCAACCUGGAAUACAUCGACCUUUACCUCAUGCACUGGCCUAUGGGUUUCAAGCCAGGAAAGAAAGAGUUGCCUUUGGAUCAUCAUGGCAGUGUUAUACCAAGUGAUACCGACUACCUGGAAACAUGGGAGGCCAUGGAGGAGCUGGUGAAGGCAGGGCUGGUAAAGGCCAUUGGAGUGUGCAACUUCAACCAUGAACAACUUGAGAGGCUUUUGAGAAAGCCUGGUUUGAGGAUCAAACCAGUGACUAACCAGAUUGAGUGCCACCCAUAUCUUACUCAGAAGAAUCUGAUUGGUUUUUGUCAAGAGAGAGAUGUGUCCGUGACUGCCUACUAUCCUUUUGGUAGCUCAUGGAAGGGAGUUGACUUGAUGGAUGACCCUGUGGUUCAGAGAAUUGCACAGAAUCAUGGCAAGACUCCUGCUCAGAUUUUGCUCCGAUUUCAGAUCCAGAGGAAUGUGACAGUGAUUCCCAUAGCCCUCAACCCACAGCAUAUUAAUGAGAAUAUUCAAGUGUUUGAUUUCGAGUUAAAAGAAGAAGAUAUGGAUGACAUUCUUGGUCUAGACAAAAAUCUCCGAUGGGUCACAUUCCCCACAACUGAAAAUCAUAAAGACUAUCCUUUCCAUGCAGAGUACUGA